AUGUUGAGACAAUCAAAUUCAGCUUGUAUUGCCUCAACUUCUCGUCACGUCUUAGGUUCAUCUUCAACUUAUUUGGGUAACGUGCAACCUUUUUCGUCAUCAUCUAUCGCAUCUUCCUCCUCCAAAGGCAAAAAUGAUCCCGCUAAAGAAGAAGACUUGGACAGGAUCAAGAUUCCAUUGGAAAAAUUGGAAAAGCUUCAAGAUUCUGAAGAUGUUGGUCACAACUUGACCGGAGGUAAAGUAGGACCACAUUCAAAAAGAACUUUGGCAUCCUUUUCAAUGGAAAACAAAGUUUGCGUAGUCACUGGUGCAGCACGUGGAUUGGGAAAUUUGAUGGCACGUACUUUGAUCGAAUCAGGUGCUAAUCAAGUCGCAUUUCUCGAUUUAAACCAAGAAUCUGCUGAUCAAGCAGCAAAAGAAGCUGCUCAAUGGUUCGAAGAACAUGGUCAAGUCGAAAAAGGGGUUUUAGAUACGAUCGGUGUAUCUUGUGAUGUGGCAAACGAACAAAGCGUAAAAGACGCUUUUGAUCUUAUUCAUUCAAGAUGGGGUAGGAUUAACACUGUUAUUAAUUCUGCUGGAAUUGUAGAAAAUUUCCCGGCUGAACAAUAUCCAACGGAAAAGUACCGUAAAUUGAUGGGUAUCAAUGUUGAUGGCUCUUGGUUUGUCGCAAAUGAAGCAGCACGAAGAAUGAUUGCUGAUGGCACCAAAGAUGGAUCAAUCGUUUUGGUAGCAAGUAUGAGCGCUUCUGUUGUCAAUGUUCCACAAGUACAAGCACCCUACAACUUCAGCAAAGCUGCCGUCAAACAUAUGGCAUCAAGUAUGGGCGUCGAAUGGGCUCAAUAUAACAUUCGAGUGAAUUCUUUAUCGCCAGGAUACAUGUAUACCAAUUUGACAAAGGUGAUGAUCGAAUCUACCGAAGAAGGUAAAGCUUUACGCGACGAAUGGGAAAGACGUACUCCUAUGGGCAGAAUGGGUUUGCCAGAAGAUUUGAAAGGUGCAGCAAUCUUUUUAGCAUCUGACGCAAGCAAGUAUGUCACUUCAAGUGAUAUCAUCGUUGAUGGUGGCUAUUCUGCCGUUUAA